AGGGAAUGGGAUGAUGUUAAUGAUGAUGAUAUGUCGAAAUCCAACAGCUCAUACAAGGAUCAUACACCAUCUUUCUGUUUUACCUGCUUACAUGUUACUGAACCGCAGACCUAUUUCUCAUUUUAAGAUUUACACAGAUGCAGAUAAUCUCUCCGUCGCACUGAUGCGGUAAAUGGCGAUGUCGCGCUUGUUCUCCGGUAGAUGUGUGAUGUGAGGUAGGCUACAGGACAGUUCAUGAGAAUGAGUUGAUGCGGAAUUGGGCUUUAUCGUUGAGUGAUGUGAUGGGACAGAUACGGGGAUUAUUGUUCUAGACUGAGGGGCAGAGGUUUAAUACUUCCUGAUUAACACUGCCGCAAUCGGAACAGACUGGUGGAGCAAAUUAAAGCUGAAAUUCAUGCGCGGACAUUUGAACGCUACCUCUGAAAUGACCGGUAUAAAGAAAUGUGGCGACGGAACUCUUUAAAGGUGAAAUUGCACUGCUGUACAUUUGGAGACAACGGCUUUUAAAUUGGAUCCCAGUUCACAAAUCAAAGUUGUGUUUGCUACAAGAAGCACCUGUAUUGGGAGGUAAAAUGCAGACUCGUUUAACUCGGCGUUGAUUCGCAAGAACACAUUUGUAUCGUGUUUGCUGCAAUCGCGAUAUAUUAAAAUAUCGAUUCAUAUAUGGGCGAAGCGAAAACUCGGUCCCCUUUCUGUUGGACAUGGGCUCGCUGUCAAGAAAACGGUGCGUCAGAUCCAGAGAGGGAGAAAAAAUGGGCCGAACUGUUUGAUCAACUGGAUCUGAAUAAAGAUGGAAGAAUCGAUGUAAAUGAAUUCCGCACCGGAUUAACCGCCCGGGGAAUCGUUCGCAGUGAGGUAGAAGAGAUUGUACGUGUGAGUGACACCGAUCACGAUGGGCAGCUGGACUUUGAGGAGUUCACACAGUAUCUGCGCAUGCAUGAAAAAGAGCUCAGACUCAUGUUCCUCAGUCUGGACAGCAACAACGAUGGUCACAUAGAUGUUUCAGAAAUACAGGACUCCUUGUGCAGCCUUGGUGUGAUUGUCUCCACAGAGCAGGCCUCCAGAAUUCUGCAAAGCAUGGACAGAGACGGCACUAUGACCAUUGACUGGAAUGAGUGGCGGGACCAUUUCCUGUUUAACCCCUUGCACAACAUAGAGGGCAUUGCUCACUACUGGAAACACUCUCUGAUGUUGGACAUUGGAGAGCAGCUGACUGUGCCGGAUGAGUUCUCAGAGAAGGAGCGUCACUCAGGUGUGGUGUGGAGACAGCUGGUGGCCGGGGCAAUGGCAGGAGCUGUAUCACGAACAGGAACUGCUCCCCUGGACCGCCUUAAAGUUUAUCUUCAGGUCCAUGGCUCUAGUGGGGUAAGUCUGUUGGUUGGCUUGCGGGGAAUGGUGCAGGAGGGAGGAUUGAGGUCACUUUGGAGGGGCAAUGGCAUCAACGUGCUCAAAAUUGCCCCAGAGUCUGCAAUCAAAUUUAUGGCUUAUGAGCAGAUAAAGUGGCUGAUCAAAGGCAGUAAGGAGGGUGCCACUCUGAGGGUUCAGGAACGGUUCAUUGCAGGCUCACUGGCAGGAGUUACAGCCCAGACAAUUAUCUACCCCAUGGAGGUGUUGAAGACUCGUCUGACCCUUCGAAAGACAGGACAGUACUCUGGCAUGGCAGACUGUGCCAAGCAGAUAAUGCGUAGGGAAGGGGUGCGGGCGUUCUACAAAGGAUAUGUGCCUAACACACUUGGCAUUAUUCCUUAUGCUGGCAUUGAUCUGGCUGUCUAUGAGACUCUAAAGAAUGCCUGGCUACAGCGGUACUGCAUGGGCUCGGCAGAUCCUGGGGUUCUGGUGCUGCUCGGAUGUGGCACUGUGUCCAGCACAUGUGGGCAACUGGCUAGUUACCCGCUGGCUCUAAUCCGCACACGCAUGCAGGCUCAGGCCUCGGCAGAUGGUGCUCCUCAGCUGUCCAUGGUUGGCCAGUUUAAGUACAUUGUGUCCCAUGAAGGUGUUCCUGGACUCUACAGAGGCAUUGCCCCCAAUUUCCUCAAAGUCAUUCCUGCUGUUAGCAUAUCUUAUGUGGUUUAUGAGCAUAUGAAGAAAGCCCUGGGAGUAGGAUCUUAAACCUAGACAAACAUGAAAAACAGACACAUUGUAUUAAAAGGAGGAUGGUGAGACUUCUAAGCCUGGUCGAUAAAAUUAGAAAGACCCCUAGAGAAUGGCAUAAGGAGGAGACAGUCAAUGAAUGACCUAAAAACAUACUCUACAUUGUACACAAUCUUCCCUGGCCAAUUUAUAUUUCAUUAGGAUGGACAAUGGUUGUGUUUAGAGCAUGUGUUCCUCUAUGAUUGGCAGCUUGGAGACCUCAGGUUUAUUAAACACUAUUUAUCUGCUGUUUCACAUCUACAGUGACCACUACAGGUGAGCAGCAUUACAUAGUACUUCAUUUUUACAAGGACUGUAAUGUUGUUGUCCUGAUGAUGAAUUUGUGGUAAUGAACUAAAUAUUAGUAUUGUCAUCUAAUAAUAGUGAAUGACGGAAGAAUUUUAUUUUAGGAGGAUAACCAAUUAUUAUUAUUAUUAUUAUUAUUAUUAUUAUUAUUAUUAUUAUUAUUAUUUAAAUGAUAACUAAAGUUCCCCUCCUAGAAUUGACCAAAAAUGUUCAGGAGUGUACAAUGGAGUAUGGAAUAUCUUGAAAAUCUCUUCUGUCUGAUGUUUCAUGAUAUUUGCUGCAAACACCAUUUAUGAAUGAGUGAUAUAUAGUAAAGUGGAUAUAUAUUAAUCCUAUAUUUUUGUAAAGGUCAGUGAGAGGAAAGCAUAAUAUAUGCUAGACUAAAACAGCUCUUUAUGAUUAAAGGGAUUUGCACUCUUUAAAAGAAAAUCUUAAAUGUACAAACCUUUGUCUAAACCAUAUUGUAUGACAACACUGCUGCUUUGCUACCUUUUCACAGUUUUAGCAUUUGCUGAUAUUUCAAUCCUCAUUGUUAUGGUGUAGACUGAAAUACAUGGUUUAGUGUUAAAAUUAAUUUAAUUAAUUAGAUAGGGGGAGGAUAGUUGAGGUUUGAAUUACAUGUGGAUGCUUUGUUUAUUAAGAAAUGUGUUGUGAUGAAUGCUGAAAAAUAGUUUAUACAGUAAUUCUACACAAAGGGCUUUUAAUCAGCAGGUAGUGCAUGUUAUAAAUGAUGUAAGUGCUGUCACAAUCUGCAUGUCUUAAUUACUUGCUUUAAGAGCUAUAAUUCUUCAUAUCAGAAAUAUGCAAAGCACGUUAGUGUUGACAAUUUACUGUUCUAUUUAAAGCUUAAAGUUGACGUAAAGUAGAAAUCUCUGUUUAUCUUACAAUUCUAAGAUUCAAAUUACAAUGUUUAAUCAGUUUAGUUAUAUAAUGGAAAUGGGCCAAUGAAAUUACGUGUUACUGAUUGGUUAAUACUGACAACAUGAUAAACUGGGAUACUCAAUCCUGAUUUCUUCUCCUGGAGGUCUAACUUCCUGCCUAGUUCCAAACCUACUCCAAAAAUGUUAAAUGUAAAACCUAAGAUCUUGAUUACCUGGUUCAAUUGUGUUGAUCUAAGUUGAAACUAAAAUCUGCAGGAAGGUGGAUCUCCUUUGUUAUCGACUCUUAUUGGGAGACAGCAGUUGAACAUUCAAAUGUUUAAAAACAUUAUUUUGUUUUAAAACAGAAUAAAGAGGUUUGUGUUAUAGUAAUCAAUUAUGUUCUAAGUGACUGGCAUAUUACAGCUAGUUGCAUCUAAUGCAGAUUUAGUUGUCAGAUUCUGAAUAUUCAAAUGCCGGCAUUUUCAAAUUUUGGAUACAACAUACAGACUUAAGUAUAAAUAACUUUUGAAUGUAGUUAUUUGAGAAACUUUAAAAUUAUAUUAUAAAUUAAUUACCUCUGGAGAUUGUAUUUAAAACUGAAUUUAAAUAUCUAGUUUCUUGCUUAAAUGCAAUGCAUUGAGAGUAGUGUGCCUUGACAUGCUGUAUUCACUUUAAAAGAUUUGCAUGCUGUUUUUAUUGAACCAGCCUCCACUGGCAAUGAUUCCUUGCUUUAUUUAUAUAUAAUUAAGAAUAAAUGAAU